CCAAAGUAGGGCUCGACCGCUCGAGAGUACAGCUCGCCGCCGCCGCCGCCGCCGCCGCCGCUUCCGCCCUCCCCCUCCACCGCUCCCGUCCGCGGCGGCAGGCAGCGGCCGGCUGUGGAGGGCGGCCUGGAGCAGAAUCAUCGACAACGCCGUACUACCUACCGGGAGAUUCGGGAGAAAUGAGUAAACUCGCCAACAUGUUUGCGGUUCUUAAUCUGGACGCCGAGGACGACCGAGAGGAAGCGGAGAAACCAGCAUCCAGCAAAGCCGAAGCUGAUGCUGCCCACAGAAAGCCUGAGAAAAGCAGCCAGAGUAAAGCAAUGGUUGUAAAUUAUGAUGGAGAAAACAUUGCUUCAUCAUCAAGUGAUUACAGGAUGCCAUUGGUAUGGAUAGACUUGGAAAUGACUGGUUUGGACAUCACUAAAGAUCGCAUACUGGAGAUUGCUUGCAUUAUAACAGAUGGUAAACUUACCAAACGAAUAGAGGGUCCAGACUUGGUUAUAAGACAGAGUAAGGAAUGCUUAGAUGACAUGAAUGAAUGGUGUCAAGUCCAUCAUGUGGCAAGUGGACUCGCAGAACAAGUACUAAAGAGUGAGAUUUCUGAGCGUGAUGCAGAGAAACAAGUUUCUUGUGUUAGCCAUUUUCAGGUGUUAGACUUUAUUAAGAGGUAUAUAGGUUCUGCUACUCCAUUGAUAGCUGGGAAUUCUGUGUAUAUGGAUUUACUAUUUUUGAAGAAGUAUAUGCCACAACUUGCAGGCAUAUUCUCUCAUGUGAUAGUUGAUGUGAGCAGUAUAACAGCUUUGUGCAGCCGCUGGUUCCCGAAAGAAAAGAAAGCUGCUCCAAGAAAGGAGAAAAACCAUAGAGCGUUGGACGAUAUCAGAGAAAGCAUCAAGGAGCUACAAUACUACAAGGAGAACAUUUUCAAGUCACGGAGAUCUUAGUAGCUUAUUGUGGUGGAUUGUGAACGCAUCCUCUAGUCAUGUAACUUGGUGAUUUGCUGAAAGUUUGUGUAUGGGGAGCUGGUGUAAAGUUGUCGAUAAUUCCAUGCUAGGGCCAAUUAAAAUUUUUAGUUUAGUCAAUGUAUGAUUAUUGACCUUUGUUACGCAUAUUAUUAAAAGAGUAUCCUGGACUAAAAAUUGUCAUC